ACAUAACGCCCUCCUCCCGGAACCUCACACCAAAAUAGUAGUUUCUAUCGUUCCUCUUCAUCCUAUUCUCUGUCCGGAAGUUCAACUACGAUGAGCGUGGGUGUUUCAGCGUUGUAACUUUAUAUGCAAGAAUGGGCGAUUUUGGGAAUAAUAAAAUAAAUAGUGCUUUACACCAUAUCGGGGUGAAUGAUUAUCAUUCAUGUUCGGUAGCACAUUCAAUUGAGGAAGUAACUUUUUGAAAAACAUGCGACCAUUAAAAUCUCAUCCUUUGAAAACCCCUUUGCUCUCAAUCCCCAUAUCGGUUGUAACACCCUAAGAAAGAAAUGUCGCUUCUCCGAAAGCUCCCACAUAAACCUUAUAAGUCCCCUUCUAUCCCCACUGUGAUCAACCGUUUCUUCACGACCCUAAACCCUGACCCUAACCCAUUUCCUGAUGUGCCCACUUCUGCCUACUACGACGACCUGGUCCAUGCUGCAGGCCGGUCUAGAGAUUUCGAAAUGGUCCGCCACCUCCUCAACAAGCGCGUGAGGGACGGUUGCUUCAACACCUCCAAGACGUUCAACUUCAUCACCAACACGGAGACCUCCUUGUCCGUACUCCACGACCUUUCUCAAACCCUAGCUCUCGUCGACAAAGGGUUGCCACAGAAGAGCGCGUACGAUUCAUUGGUAUCGCGUCUGAGCAAGUUGGGUCGAAUCGAUGAGUCUGUGCGCGUGGUGCACGAGAUGGCGCGCAAGGGGAUCGGUUUGAAUGCGUGUAGCUUUCAUCCCAUACUGAACGCGCUCACGAGGAAGAAGGAAAUGAAUCGUGCGCAGGGCGUCAUGAAGCUGAUGAGGCAAUAUCAGAUAACACCAGAUUUGCAGGCUCACAAUUACUUUUUGUCGGCUUACUGUUUCAUUGGAGAUUUGGCUUCCGCAACUGAGGUGUUGACCAAGAUGGUAGAGGAGGGAGCGAAAGCAGACACGCGUACAUACAACGCGCUGGUGCUGGGCGCAUGUAGUGCGGGGAAGGUGGAGGCUGCACUGGUGGUGUGGAGGAGUAUGGUUGAUGACGGGGUCCCGGUGCCAUUGUCCACACACAUGCACGUUGUAAAAGCACUGCUGAGGCUGGGCUAUUAUGCGCAGGCCGUUGAGUUUGUGAGGAUUUUAGCUGGAAGAGACAAGUGGUUGGACACUAACAACUUCGGGUGUUUGGCUAGCAAGCUCAUACAGUUAAAGAGGUUUGGCGAGGCAAAGUUGGUCUUGGAGGAGAUGAACGAAAGAGGGUUGGAGAUUGGAGAUAAAUUAAAGGACUUUUAUCGCCCGGAUUUUGCAUAUAAAAAGAACUAGUUUCAGAAGAUCCAUAGCGAUUUGAUCAUUAUGUUUUUACUUUGUUCAAAGUAUUCCUCAAUUAAAAAAAAUCUCAUCAUUUACUCCCCAAAUUAUUUCCCCCAAAAUUUUUGACACCACUCUCCAUUUCAUCCAAAAUUUUAAUACUCAUUUAAACUUACAGUGUAAAGGAAAUUGCCUUCACAUAGAAGAAUUACAAGUUGCAUCGUGAUUAGGGUGAUUCCUUAAGGCACUCCAUGUUGUAUUUAUAAUUGCAAGUAGCUGCAUUGUGAUUCUCUUAGUGCGCUCCAUGUUGAUGCCCCUAAAGAAAAUUAGGGUUAAUUUUAGACGAAGUAGACAUUGAUUUUGUUUUUACUGUGUACAGUGAUGAAUGAUCUGGAAUCUGAUUACGAUUUUGUUUGUGGCA